CUUAUUAGUUUACGUUACCGGCUUGUUGUUGCAGGAAACAUGGCGUCCCAGUGUAGCCUCUCUACACUAUUUCCCAUCCAGAGUCAGCUGGAUUUCGCCCUAGACGACGCUACGACACAAGAAGAAAAUGAGCAACUUGUCUACCAAUAUUUGGCAAAGUUAGACGAGAAAGAGGACUUGAAGAUACCCGACUUCCAAACAGGCUUAGAAUGGCUGAACACGGAGGGGCCUCUGUCUUUGAACAAGGAGCUGGCUGGGAAAGUGGUUCUGCUGGACUUCUUCACUUACUGCUGCAUCAACUGCAUUCACAUCCUGCCGGACCUGCACCAGCUGGAGGAGAAACACCCCGUGAAAGAUGGGUUGGUAAUUGUUGGUGUGCACUCUGCCAAAUUCCCCAAUGAAAAGGUCCUGGACAACAUUCGCAGCGCCGUUCUCCGCUACGACAUCAUCCACCCCGUGGUGAACGACGGCGAGGCGCGUCUUUGGCAUGAACUGGAGGUCUCCUGCUGGCCCACGCUGGUCCUGCUGGGACCACGUGGCAAUCUGCUCUUCUCCCUGGUGGGUGAAGGCCACCGUGACAGGCUGAUGCUCUUCACUGAGGUCGCCCUCCGGUAUUACGGGGAGAAGGGCUUGCUGAAGAGUCACGUUGUCGGGAUCAAGCUAUACAGAGACUCCCUGCCUCCCAGCAUCCUUUCCUUCCCUGGAAAGGUGGCCAUAGACAACAAUAAUAAAAGACUGGCCAUAGCAGACACUGGACAUCACAGAAUCCUGGUGGUUACUUCUACUGGAGUCCUGCUUCAUGCCAUAGGAGGGCCUGAAAGUGGGCGAAAAGAUGGCGACUUGUCCGAAGCGUCCUUUAACUCCCCUCAAGGUGUUGCCAUUAAAGGAGACACUGUAUACGUGGCCGACACUGAAAACCACCUGAUUCGAAAGAUCGACCUGCUAGAGGGAAAAGUCAGCACUCUAGCUGGAGUUGGUGUCCAGGGCACAGACAAAGAGGGUGGAGCCAUGGGACCUCAGCAGCCAAUCAGCUCUCCUUGGGAUGUGACGCUUGGAACUGCCGGCGGUGCUGAAGGCAACGUGCUGUGGAUAGCCAUGGCAGGGACUCACCAGAUCUGGGCUUUGUUCCUAGCAGAUGGAAAACUGCCCAAAGGAAGUGAGUCCAAGGCUGGUAUGUGCGUUCGAUGGGCAGGCAGCGGCAACGAGGAGAACCGAAAUAACGCCUACCCUCACAAGGCAGGCUUUGCUCAGCCUUCAGGCCUGGCCGUAGCCCCCGAGGAACCCUGGAGCUGCAUGUACGUAGCAGAUAGCGAAAGCAGCACCAUCCGAACGCUGACAUUAAAAGAUGGAGCCGUCAAGUUGCUGGUCGGGGGAGAGAGGGACCCACUGAACCUUUUUGCUUUUGGGGAUGUAGAUGGGAAAGGAGUGGAUGCCAAACUGCAGCAUCCUUUGGGUGUAGCUUGGGCGCCUGAACAAAGCCUGCUCUAUGUGGCCGACUCCUACAACCACAAGAUCAAGGUGGUGGAUCCAAAGACGAAGCAGUGCAGCACAUUAGCAGGAACAGGGGAGGCUGGAGACACUCUGGGCCCUGACUUUAGUAAAUCCUGCUUCAGUGAACCCGGAGGAAUCUGCGUCGGCGACGGCGGGAAGCUUCUUUAUGUGGCCGACACCAACAACCACCAAGUCAAAGUGCUGGAUCUGGCAUCCAAGACUGUCUCACUGUUCCCCAUCUCCACUGAGUGCACCGACUCGAGACCUGCUAUGCCUUCGGGUCCAACCACAGCCCCAACGCUGCCAAAAUCAGCUGCCAGGAAGGAAAUGCCGCCAGUAGCUGUUUCCGUAGGGCAGACUGUCGUCCUGUCGGUCACAAUAUCGCUUCCAGAAGGAACCAAACUCACCGAAGAGGCGCCCAGCUGCUGGUCUCUCACAGCUGAGGGUAACGAGUGGCUGCUGAACAGUCAGGUGAUCACCGGUGGCAUCGUGGAUCUGUCGCAGCCCAUCAGCAUCUCAGCCAAACUUCCAGCUGUUAUGAAGGAGUCGAACAGCAAUCCAAGCCUCACUUUAGGUAUAUGGGUUUACUACUGUACGGAAGCAAGUAAAGCCUGUAUGAUGAAAGCGGCCUCGAUUUCCCAGCCUCUUCAAAUAAGCGCAGAUCCCGGAAAGGGCGAGAUCACUGUGGCGUUGUCUCAUGCCUUCUAAAACCACCUAUUUGUCUUAGUUAGAACAGCCUCAAAAUCCACGCUUUGCUUUGCGUUGACAUGUCAGUUUAGCCUCCAGUCUCGGAUAAAUCCAGCACUUGUUUUGUUCUGAAGGAAGGAGGGAGAUUGUUUCUGACGGAGCUGUCACUUCUGACUAAAAUGCAGUUCAAGCAAACCAGAUUUUCAGGAGAAUUUCAUUUCAAUCCACUAAGAUGCCCUUUCCAUAAAACAAAACGCAUCAGCACUGUAAUGUUCUUUACUGUGUGCGACAUUUAUUGACAGGAAUGCAAAUAGUGGCAUCACUAAACAUCUUAUAAAGCUGCGCAGCAAAUACAGCAGCAGCCUAAUAAUUAGCAUCUGUAUCAGAAUAUUUAUGUACCAAACUCUUCUGAGGACAGGCUGCACAAACGGUAAGAAAAUGUCCUCAUUACUAAUGCAGUAGUGUUUUGUUGAUGAAAAAUUUGCACUCCACGGUACCCUCUUACUUAAAAAACACUGCCACAAGUCAGAGAGUCUUUGUUUUUAAUGAGAAACCGACGAAAUUAUGAUUAUUUAAUUGACUGGUGGAGGUGUUUGUGUGAGUGAUUGACAGAAAUGAUCAUUUAAAUUCUGUUUUGGGAAACUUAGCCUACUUUGAAACACUGAAAAAGCCCAAACCUCUGAUCAGCUUUAUAUUUUUACCUCGACUGUGAGACCACUGUGAAUUUCACAGACGUGGUUUACAUCUGAAUGAUAUAAUCACAGCUUAGUUAAAGUUUUUUGCGUUCUCUGAAACCAGUUCUCAUUAAAAUAUUAUGAUGAGCAACAAUAGUAGGAAUUAAGAAAAGGGACGUUUAACAGCACUGAUGUGUAAUUCAGUUUUAGUCUGUCGAUAAUCGCGUAUUAAGUUACGGCCAGUUUCUCUAAAGAAAUGUUAUCACAAGAGGCUUUCAUGGGGAUUAGUGGGAUCGGAAACAACAAUGUCCAAUCUUUCACUUAGUCUCUGCCCAUUGAAAGAGCUGGUGGAAAAUGAAAGCUUAUGAACUUUAUGCCAUAAUAGAUUUAUGAGAACUUAUCUAUGCAUUAUUUAACCUUUUCACUUUGUAUUUUGUGUAUUUCUUUGUGUACAUGUGGGGUUUAUUUUUAUGGUUCACUGUAAUCAGUUUCCAAUUGAUUAUUUGUCUAAAGACUGAAGUAUCUUAACUCGCUAAGGAGUUCCAGUCGUAGCCCGAGUCUUCGCUGCAUCUCUGCUCUCUCUAUGACUGAUUGUGCUUCUGAUUAUAAUUAUUCCUGACACAAGGAGCCCUUUUGAUUUAGCCCCUAAAAUAUGGCUGUUAUCUAAGUAAUGAAUAAAGUGCCUGUCUUGAUAAGGAGCAGCAGCCUCUCUCGAACUGAUGACACCGCCGCUGCUCUGCUCUGAACACUGUGGGAUAUUGUAUUAAGAAAACAAAGUCUCAUUAAAAGCCCCUCUAUCGCGCAUUUAUACACUUCAUAUCUGCUCCACAAAGGGAACAUAAUAUGAAAGAGCUGCUCUAAUAAUGAUCCGAUGCACCACAUCACGGGUUUCUGUUGUGUAACACAAUAUGAUAAUGUGGACGCUGUUAUUGUCAUUUUCCCUUAUUGGUUUUCAAAGUUAUGAGCUGUUGUCAGAGACGGGCCAGCGAGUGUUUUGAUUAUCACCGCUGCCAUCAUGUCUCCUAACAUAAUUGUGUCCGUCAGAUUGCAUUAUUUGGUUUCGAUCUCCCGGUCCAAGUGCCUUGGAAAGAGGCUGUCGUACUGUACGGAUGGUGUAAAUUGACGACACUUUAGCUGUAUCAGAAGCAAUAACAAUAUAGUUGUGAGGUUUUUCUUUUUAUUCCCACAAGUUAUUUAUUUCAAAUGAACUGCAGAAGUAAUGCCUGCGUGUUUCCUCAGCUCUGUUAUCCCUCUGGCAUUUCUUAAUGAGCAGUAAUAGGCUUGAGUGGCUGCUGGCGGGCAUUAAGUUCCUGAUAUUGUUUUCCAAAUCUCACUUGAUUUCUUGUCUUGCUUUUUUGGAGCCCUUUUAGCGUGCUCUUCACUACAAGAGGACCUUCUUGACGCUUAAUGCUGCACUUUAAGAUGCAGCAGAGCAAGGAAAAACUAAUAAAGCAUUUUUUAUCUA